AUGGCGCUUUUCGUUUCCUCCUUACAAGCCAAGCCGGCUGCGAUCUUUUUCAAGCGGCCUCUACUUUUCCACGCUCUGCCAGUCGAAGGCAGAUUCAGAAGGCAGCAACAGCCAGCGACGGCGUUGGCUUUCACAACGCUCACACUCCCAGUCCCAGCUCCCGCACAGCAGACAGAGGCUGGUGCGGUGACUCUGGUCUUCAGUUGUGCGGCUACCCCCGUGUGUAUCGCUGUUUCCCCGUCUGGCCUUCCCCAGGGUACGUACGCGACUGUGUUCAAGGGCAAGUCUCGGCUGACAGACAACCUGGUAGCUCUCAAGGAGAUCAGACUGGAGCAUGAGGAGGGUGCACCGUGCACUGCCAUCAGAGAGGUGUCUCUGUUGCGGGACUUGAAGCACGCCAACAUUGUCACACUACAUGAUAUUAUCCACACGCACAAGUCCCUCACCCUAGUCUUUGAAUAUUUAGAAAAGGAUCUCAAACAAUACAUGGAUGACUGUGGUAACAUCAUGAGCAUGACCAAUGUCAAGCUAUUCCUGUUCCAACUGCUGCGCGGGCUGGCUUACUGCCACAAACGCCGAGUGCUGCACCGGGACCUCAAGCCACAGAAUCUGCUCAUCAAUGAGAGAGGGGAACUCAAACUGGCAGAUUUUGGUGAGUGUGCUUUUUGUCGUCUGAUGUGGAAGUGGGGAAAGAGUAUGUGCGAGUGUGGGAGCCUGCAUGUGUGUGUUUGUGUGCAUCCAUUAGUCCAUGUGUGUUUAUGUUGGUUAGUCUGGGCUGAGAGUGAUGCAACAUCCCAGCAGAUCGACCGAAAUGCUCGAUAA